AUGGCCACCAACUUUUUCAACAAUAAAGCCCGUGCUGCGGCCGCAGCAGCAUCAGGCAAUUCGAAGCAGAAGCCGACAGAUGGAAAAGAGGAACAUGCACAGCAACAGCCAUGGGUUGAAAAAUACCGUCCUAAGACGCUAGAUGAUGUCGCAGCCCAGGACCAUACAACAAACGUGCUCCAACGGACAUUGCAUGCCUCCAACCUGCCUCAUAUGCUCUUCUACGGACCUCCCGGUACCGGAAAGACAUCGACAAUCCUCGCCCUCGCAAAGUCCCUAUUCGGACCUGCUCUGUAUCGUUCACGUAUCCUUGAGUUGAAUGCUUCGGAUGAACGUGGUAUUGGCAUUGUACGUGAGAAGGUCAAGGGCUUUGCGAGAGUACAACUCAGCCACCCUACAGGGGUUGACAAGUCAUACUUCGAGAAAUACCCAUGCCCACCGUUCAAGAUCAUUAUCCUUGAUGAAGCAGAUAGCAUGACUCAGGAUGCUCAAUCUGCUCUUCGACGCACAAUGGAAACCUAUAGCAAGAUCACACGUUUCUGUCUUGUUUGUAACUACGUUACCCGAAUUAUUGAACCACUGGCCAGUCGAUGCAGCAAGUUCCGUUUCAAGCCGCUGGAUAACUCGGCUGCGGGCGACAGACUUGCACAGAUUGCGAAAUUGGAGAACCUGGAGUUGGAGGAUGGCGUUGUUGACAAACUGAUUCAGUGCAGCGAUGGUGACUUGCGACGUGCAAUCACAUAUAUGCAAAGUGGAGCUAGGCUGGUAGGAGCCAGCGGAAACAGCGGUAAACAGGAUGGAGGGGAAGAUGCUCAGAUGACAGAUGUUAGUUCACAGGUGAUUACUGUGAGAAUGGUCGAGGAGAUUGCUGGCGUGAUCCCAGAAAGUGUUGUAGACCAGUUGGUCCAAGCUAUGCAACCAAAGAAGAUCGGUUCUUCCUACGAGGCAGUCUCGAAAGUAACUACGGAUAUUGUUGCGGAUGGGUGGAGUGCAACACAACUGCUUGCACAGCUUUACCGCCGAGUGGUUUACAAUGAUGCCAUCCCUGAUAUUCAGAAGAACAAGAUCGUCAUGGUUUUCUCCGAGAUGGAUAAGCGCUUAGUCGACGGUGCAGACGAGCAUCUGUCAAUUUUGGACGUGGCUCUGAAGAUCUCCGGUAUCUUGGGCGGCGCCUAA